AUGAAUUUUUUAAAUUUAACUAGCAAAGCAAAAACUUUUAAACCAAAGAAAAAUGCACCCGAAGGUACAAAACAACAUCAACUUCAAAAAUAUGCUGAAGCUACGCUUGGUUCCGGAAAUUUAAAACUUGCAGUGGUUUUACCUGAAGGUGAAAAUCUCGAUGAAUGGUUGGCAGUAAAUACCUAUGAUUUUUUUAAUCAAGUAAAUAUGCUUUAUGGUACAAUUACUGAAUUCUGCACUCCACAACUAUGUCCUGUCAUGUCGGCUGGUUCAAAAUACGAAUAUCAUUGGUCUGAUGGUGAUAAGUAUAAAAAGCCUACGAAAUUAUCUGCUCCAGAAUAUGUUGAUCAUUUAAUGGAAUGGGUACAACAACAACUUGAUGAUGAAUCGAUAUUUCCAAGUAAAAUUGGUAAUAUCGUUAAUAUUUUUCAAAUACUUUUUGUCAUUAUUAUAGAUGCAGACGUUGCCUCACGUGAUCCUUUUCCACCUAAUUUCCAAAUUUUGGUGAAGAAUAUAUUUAAACGUUUGUUUCGUGUUUAUGCUCAUAUUUAUUUAUCUCAUAUUCAAGUUAUAGAGGCUUUGGAAGAAGAAGCUCAUCUAAACACAAGCUUUAAACAUUAUAUUUAUUUUGUUCAAGAAUUUCAAUUAAUUGAUAAACGCGAAUUACAACCUUUGGCUGAAUUAAUUACUAGUUUGACUAGUCAAGAUUAA